AUGGGAACACCAUUCCAACCUGUAAACGAAGUAAAGAGUGAUGCUAAAGCAAUUAAAAAAUAUACUCAACAAUUUACUGGGAAAGACUCUAGUGCAGCAGUUAAAGCAUUAUUAUCAAUGAUGUCAUUAGGAACAACAGUUGUUCCUACAGUUACAUAUUCAACAAAUACUGAAGCUUUAACACGAUGUCUUCAAGAAAUUCCAGAUUCAAUUGAUAAUUUAUUUAAAAAAGGAGGACAUUCACUCAGUUUACAAGAAGUUAAAACAAUGCUUGAUGUUAUUAAAUUUUCAUCACAAUUUCUUCCAACAACAGAAAUUUCUAAGCUUCUUCCAGUAAUUAAAAACUUCUUAUGUAAAGAUUCUAAUAUUGAAGUACGAAAAGAAACAUUCAAAACACUUUUAGAAUUAAUUAAAAUUCAUAGUGAUAUAAUAGAUAGUUAUGGAUGUCUUUUCCUUCCUAGUUUUAAUCUUAGAUCAUAUCUUAGUCAAGAAGAAGAUUGUAAAGUACCAGAAAAUUUAAUACCAACAAUUAAUUCUAAUUCAAAUGUAUAUUGUCCAGCAGAACUUUUAGAUGGAAGAACACAAGAAGCAAAUACUAACCAAAUACUUGAAUUAUUUUUUAAAGAAUAUUUUAUGAGUCAAGAUAAUAUUAAAUUAUAUCAAGGAUUAUUUUAUCAAGUAGUUUGUUGUGUUAUGCCUAAUUAUCAAAAGAUAGGAUCAUUAGCAUCAUUAAAUAUUCAACAUCAUUUUAAUAUUGGAGAUGUUCCAUCUAAGUUAUAUUCUAAAUUAGGAAAUGAAGUACUUAAUGCAGCACAAGGGAAUUUUUCAAGAAUAUUACUUCUUGAUGAAAGGUUUCUUUCUAUUUUAAUUCAUUUUUAUACAGAAAUGCCAAAUGUAUUUGGUCCUAAUGAUAAAAUAGCAGUUGAAUCAUUUCUUAAAAUGUAUAAAGAUUUCUUCUUUGAUAAACAAAGUAAUUUAGUAUCAAUAUUAAAAGAUAAACUUACAAAUAUUCAAUUUAAAAUUAUAGAAACACCAGGACAAUGGUUUUCACAACAAUUUCUUGAAAAAGAAUUAAGUAAUGAUAAAUGUAAAGAAUUCUUUGAAAUACUUAUUCGAUUUUAUGAAUCAUUUGGAUUAAUUGAAGAUAAAUUAACACCAAGUUUAAAAUCAACAAUUCUUGCAACAGUUACACAAUGUGCAUUAAACUUUACACAAUUUGUAAAAAAUGAAGUUUAUUCUCCAUAUAAAAAAGAGUUAUUAAAAGUAUUAUUUGUUUUACAUAUUCAAUGGACUCAAUAUGAAGGAGAUUGGAUAGAAUUAUUAAGUAGAUUAGAACCACUUUAUGAUGUUGAUAUGCUUAGUGUUAUUCAAAUAGAAAUUGAACAUCUUACAACUGUCUUUGCACAAAAAGUAUAUAAUCCAACUAUAUUUUCAGUACCAUUACCAAUUGAAGGAAGUAAUUAUAUCAAAAAUUUAAAUGAAGAAGUAUAUUAUGAUACACCUCAUAGUGAACCUAAAUUGGGAAUGAUUAAAACAUUAUGGGAUACUCAUAGAAUAAGAGAACUUUGGUUAUUAUUAUUUAAAUUUAUUGAUCAUCCAUUAAAAUUAAAUAAAAUAGAAGUUAUUAGUAAAAAUAUUGAAAUGUUAAAUGAACUUGUAUCAUUAUUAACAUUUGCAGAAGAAAAUGCUACAUAUGAAAUAAAAUCAGAAACAAUUAUUUCACAACCUAAACCAAUUAGACAAUCUCAAUGGAAUAUUCAACCAACAAAUUGGAAAGGAAUUAGAAAAACAAUUCAACCUACUUCAUCUGUUUCUCCAAUUUCAAAUGCUACUAAUGUAUCAAACAAUGAUAAAAUAUUUAAAAUUAAUGAAUCUUUAUAUUUACCAUUACAAGAAAUUUUCCUUCCUAUUUUCAUUGAAAUAGUUGCACAACCAAAUCCAUUAAUUACAGAAAAAUCAAAAUGUUUAAGUUUUAAAUCAAUUAGUAGAAUUAUUUGUAGACAAUUUCCUCAAUAUGAGAAUGAAAUAUAUGAUAUUUAUACAUCAUUAAUUCAAAGUAUUCAUUUUCAAACAAUUGAUGUACAAUGGGCAUUUAUUUCAUCUUCAUAUGAUAUGUUUACUAAUCCAAAUAAUAAAUUUAUUCCUUGUCUUCCAUCAGUACUUCAAUCAUUAAGUAAAUUAUCAACUGGAAAUUCAACAUUAGAAGACCAAAUUAAAUGUUGUUCAAUGAUUAAUUCUCUUGUAUUUCUUGAAUAUAAUUAUCCAAAUUUACAAGAGUCUUUUAAUAAAAUGGGAUUAAAUUUACCAGGUGAUUAUUGUACUACAAUGAUUAAUAUUAUUACUGGUGCAUUACGUGUUAUGCCACAACCUCAAACACAAACAAUGUUAUAUUGGUCAUUUGUUCAUUUAUUUACUAUUUGUUUAGAAAGUCAUCGUGAAAUUGACUUUAGAAUUUUCUUAGAUGUUUUCUUUGAAGGAGUUAGAUCUCCAAGUUUUAUUAUUUAUACUACAUCUUUACAAAUAUUAAAUUAUCUUAGUACAAAAGCACAAUUAUUAGCAGAUAAUAUAAUUAAUUAUAUCAUUGAUGCAUUAUGUAAUAUUAUAUUAACAUGUCCUAUAACUAUUGAUUGUAUUUCAUUUAUUUUUGAUACAAUGUCUCGUUGGUUAUUAUGUUAUGGUAAAAAUAUGUUCUCUAUUAGACUUUUAGAUGAAACAACUCAUCGUCUUUUCCAAGUUAUUCAAAUGACCCUUUCAUUAGAAAAUCCACCAGAAAAUCCUGAUAGACCAACAACAUGUAUAGACCCACAUGAAGCAGCACAAAAAUUUGUUGCUGUAUUAUCUCAAGUAGUCUUUGGUAGUCCAACUGAACAUGGUAUGUUUAAAUGUACUGAAGCAAAUAUCCCAGACCAAUCUUUAUCAAGAUAUUUUGCAUAUGGAGAUAGUACUAUUAUAUCAGUUUUACCUUCAAAUGAUUGUCAUACUAGAGUUUUUAUCAGAAAUAUUUAUGGAAUGUAUGAAUUUCUUGUUGCUCCAAUGCAAACAAUUAAUGAUAUUGGAUUACCAGAAAUUAAAGAUGAUUUUACUCCUAUUAGUCAAAUUCCAUGGAAGAAAAAUAAUCAAGCAAGUGGAAUCAUUAAAGAAAAAGUAUUUUCACAAGAAAAUAAGUUAAAAACAUUAGUUGAAGACACAUGUAAAGAUGAUCCUAGUUUAUUAAUGUGUGAAUUUCCUGAAGAAAUUAUGAAGGUUGAUGAAUAUUAUAAAUACAUUACUACAAUAGAAAAAGUUAUGACAGAAACAGUAAAAGAAGAAGAAAAACAAAUUAAAGAAUCAUUAGAUCUUGUUAAAAUGAAUUCAAGACAACUUGAUUUAAGUGAAGGAGCAAGAGACACAUUAACAGAAUAUUUACAAAAUAUUCUUAGUUUAUAUUCAAUGAAUGAUAAAUUAUUAGUUCCAAUAGAAAGUACAAAUGAUUUCUUAAAUGAAAUUAUUGAAUUAGAUAAAUUAUCUGCAAGAUUAUUCUUUAAAAGUACUAUUAUUUAUGUUGGAGAAAAUGAUAUGUCUGUUGAAAAAAUUAUUGAAGAAAAAGAAGGAAGUCUUAGAUAUAAACAAUUUAUGAGAUGUUUAGGUUGGUAUCAGUCUUUAGAAGGAUUAAUUUGUGAUCCUGAACUUUGUCAAAAAAGUAGAGAUGGAACAAUAUGUUAUUAUGCAGAUGCACAAUAUGAAUAUGUUUUUGAAGAAAUUAAUCAAAUGGAUGAAUUAAACCAAAAAACAAUUAGUCAAGUAACAUCAUUAAUUUGUAUUAUUUGGGAUGAAGGAAUUAAACCAUAUCAUCCAUCAAUUAUUGGUAGUUAUUGUGAAAUUAUAAUUGUUAUUAAACCAAAUGCUAAUGGAAUGUAUGGAAUUAGAAUCUUUAGAAAGAAAGAAAUGCCUAUUGUUGGUCCAUUAUUAAAUGGAAUGGAAGUUAGUGGUGAUGUAUUAGGAAGAAUGAUUAGAGAAAUGAUAAUCAAUAUUCAUUUCCAUUAUUUAGGAAAUGGCUAUUCAAAUAUGGAUGGAUGCUCUAAUAGAUUCCAACAAUUAUUGAAAUUAGUAUCUUUUGGUCAUUUACCAAAAGAUUACACAUUAUGUAAAGAAUUACAAUUAAUUCUUGACAAAAAGAAAUAA